UCUUUACUCCUGGGUCACAGGGGCAAUACAUGGAGUGAGCUGGACCUCCAGCAAACAGGAUUAAUCAGGCCUGGAGCAAAGGAAAGCGGAGACAAUUCUCCAGAGGGGCCUCUAGAUUGCAGGGAAGGGAGCGCCACUGAACCUUGGCAUCUAAACAAACAACAGGUGUCUCCUGUAUGCUGCCGCGCCAAAGGAUGCAACUGGAGCUGUGUUAGCAAGCGGAGAUGGGGUGCAGGGCUACUGCGAGAAAAGGCUGCAUCAAGCUCCCAGAGACCAGAGCCUUGGGAAGUACAUGUGCUGUGCAUACGUUGUAUAAAGAUGCUGUUCUGACCUAAGGAGGGAGAGUUUUCGUUUGGACCAGCAGGGUAAGAAUAACUAGAACCCAGAGACAUUUGUUCCCAUUGACGCCAAUAGGACAACUCCGAUUGACUUCCGAUGGGAGCAGGAGCCGACCCCGCAUUGAGCCAGCCAGGCUUUCCAGAGGAGACAGUUCCGGGAAAGCCCAAGCUUUCCUGCUGCGCAGCGAUUUGCUUUGCGGUAAUACCGCUCACGAGAAGGACUUAGCGGAGAAACUGGCUCGGAUCCGAGGCACUGGCCCGUUAUUAGCCCGAUCCCAUACUUCUCACGCAGGCAAAACUCUCAAUGACAUCAGGGAGAGCUUUGCCUACGUGCGGAAUAUGGCAAGAGAGUGUGUCAUACCCGGCCCGCCGUUAAAAUGCCUGCAGCAGCUUUUAGUGCGGGAACGUGUUGGUUCGGAUUUAGAGCGUUACCCUGCGCUAUGUUUGCUGCACAAGGCAUUAGGCUACUUGCUCUUAAUGGUCCUUUCAUGGGAGUGUAGCUGCACUGUAAUGACUUGCUGAGCCGUGAGUCAUAGAGGAAGCUACAGGUAAUGUUAGCUGCGAGCCCGGAACCCAAGCGGCUGUCUACCUGCAGUUCACUGGGAACCCUUUCCCCGGCUCGUGCCAACACACACAGGGAUCCGGCCCUUAGCGUUCCAUUAGCAGAACUCCCAUGUGUCUGCAGCUUCCUCCCCGGGUGUGUUCGUGCCCUGCUCGGGCUGGGCGGGAGCGGGGCUGGCCGGCGCUCCUUGGGGUGGGGAAACCAAGUGUGCAAGCCUCAAGCAUCUGUUUGCCAGCGCUGCUUUCUAGUGUAAAACACCUUCCGCCUAGCACAUGGGGGGCCUGGAUUAACUGCAAACGAGCAAGGGGCGGGUGUGGGGGACGGGACUCAGGGAGAGCCCUGGAGAGGAAAGGAGAGCUGGAGAGCAGCGUUCCCUUUGAAACACUAUUAAAAUAACGGAUCACUUCACGUCGAUCGGGCUGAGACUUUUGUCCCAUCUUGAGUAGCAUCAAAAUCAACGAAUGGCAUGGAGCAUGGGGGGUUCAAUGGAGUCAGCGGUGGAGAAGAGGCUCUGGGGGAAACGCGAGGGGCUCCCAGGCUGCUGUGCUCUGCCCCGCUGGACUCCGAGGGGCAUGCAGGCUUGCUGUGGUGAGGAUGAGAAUGUGAGUGACACUGUGGAUUGGCUGUCAUUGGUUACCUGUUUCCCAGCCCUCCAGCUGCAGGGAUCUGUCACAGCAGCUCUCCCCCCCCCCUCUUCUGCUCCCCACACUCUUUCAAUCAAUACCCUCACUUCUCACGGGCUCCAAUCAUUGCACUUUGUCACGCUCUUUAAGUACGCAGCAAAGACGUCAUCUCUGAACGUGGAUCGGAUAGUAGGCACCCAAUAUCUAUAUAAAACUGCUCAAGGCAGAGAAUAGUUAAAAAGGGACAGAGACGGCGAGAGGAAGGGGGCAGAGGAACUGGGCUGCAGACUUUUCGCCUUUAUGAUCGCCACCAAAGUUAUGGGAAGCCCCUAGUCCCCCGCUCCCCCAGCCCGCUGCAGAGGUGACAAGCGACAAAGGGCAUCCGGCUGCAGCAGCCGCGGCUGGGAGCCGAAGAUGUUGCUGGCGGGGAUCAGCAUGUUGUCCUGGCUCGAAGCUGUGCUCACUGCCUUGCUGGCCCUGGGGCUCCUCCUCACCCUGUCCCGGCACUUGUGGACUCUCAGGUGGACUCUGAGCAGGGACCGGGGCAGCGCUCUGCCCCUCCCCAAAGGCUCCAUGGGGUGGCCGUUCUUCGGGGAGACCCUGCACUGGCUUGUCCAGGGCUCUAGCUUCCACAGCUCCCGCCGGGAGAAGUACGGCCACGUGUUCAAGACCCACCUGCUGGGCAAGCCUGUCAUCCGAGUGACCGGGGCCGAGAACAUCCGCAAGAUCCUGCUGGGGGAGCACAGCCUGGUCAGCACCCAGUGGCCCCAGAGCACCCAGAUCAUCCUGGGCUCCAACACCCUGCUCAACUCCAUCGGCGAGCUGCACCGCCAGCGGAGGAAGAUCCUGGCUAGAGUCUUCAGCCGCGCUGCCCUGGAGAGCUACCUCCCUGGGAUCCAGAAGGUCGUGAGCUGGGAGCUGCGGGGCUGGUGCAGGGAGCCUGGCUCCGUCGCGGUUUAUUCCUCCGCUAAAACUCUGACUUUCCGCGUUGCAGCUCGGGUUCUGCUGGGCCUCAGCCUGGAAGAAAAGCAGUUUAAGGACCUGGCCAAAACCUUUGAGCAACUGGUGGAGAAUCUGUUCUCCUUGCCCCUGAACAUCCCGUUCAGUGGGCUGCGCAAGGGGAUCAAAGCCCGGGAUAUGUUACAUGAGUACAUGGAGAAAGCCAUAAUGGAAAAACUACAAAGAAAGAACUCGGAAGGUCAUAGUGAUGCUCUGGAUUUCUUAAUAAACAGUGCCAAGGAGCAUGGCAAAGAAUUCACCAUGCAGGAGCUGAAGGAGUCAGCGAUUGAGCUGAUAUUUGCUGCUUUCUUCACCACUGCUAGUGCCAGCACUUCUCUGAUUCUUCUGCUACUGAAACACCCCUCGGCGGUAGAAAAAAUAAGACAGGAACUGGUGUCCCAUGAAUUGCAUAGGCAGUGCCAUUGCCUUUCGCCUGCAGUCUCCCAAAAGAACCACCCAUAUAUUGAACCCUGCCAAGAUACACCGAUGGUCCAGGAGAAAGAAAGGAAGGACAGUGACUCUCAACAGCGUCUCCUCUCCACGCCAGAAGGGACACCGAAGAAUCAAAGUCAGCAACUUGAUCUAAAGGCAGAAGGAGAGGCUGGGGGUGGUUUUAUCCGGCGGCCUCCUCUCCUUAAGGAGCUCACGUUAACCAGAAUGACACAAGAAACAAUUAGUUUGAAUACAAACGAUCAUUAUUCAAACCACAGGCAAGAGGAAGCCGGCCAGCCGCCCAGCAGGUUCGAGGUGCCCACAGGGCCAGUGAUUCCAGAGGCAGAGUGUCAUUGUCAGCCUGAGAUGAACUUGGAUAAACUGAGCCGUCUGCGCUACUUGGACUGUGUGAUUAAGGAGGUCCUUCGCGUGCUGCCGCCCGUUUCUGGAGGCUACAGGACUGCCCUGCAGACCUUUGAGCUGGAUGGCUACCAGAUCCCCAAGGGCUGGAGCGUGAUGUACAGCAUCCGAGACACCCACGAGACCGCGGCCGUGUACCAGAGCCCCCCCGAGAGCUUCGACCCGGACCGGUUCGGCUCGGCCCGGCAGGAGGACGGCAAGGGGGCAGGACGCUUCCAUUACAUCCCCUUCGGCGGGGGGGUCAGGAGCUGCAUCGGCCAGGAGCUGGCCAAGGCCAUCCUCAAGCUGCUGGCCAUCGAGCUGGUCAGCACGGCCCGCUGGGAGCUGGCCACCCCCAGCUUCCCCGAGAUGCAGACGGUGCCCAUCGUGCAUCCCGUGGACGGGCUGCAGCUCUUCUUCCACCCCCUGCAGCCCGGCGGCGCCAGCACCCGCCGCCAGGCGUCCCGGGAAGCUUGAGCCUUCGCCGCGGCCUCUCGCGCUGGGGCGGGCUGCGGGCAGGGCGAGAGCGGACGCCGCCCGCAGCAGAUCUCAGAAGGGCCGGGCGUGGGGGACAAGCACCAGGAUUUGUACCGACCGGGCACAGAAAGCUGGACACGAGCCCCUGGCCCCGUUUCCUUUUCGCAGUGCCCUGCAGCGGGGCUGGGAUCCGGCUUCUGAGAGGGGGCCUAGCCCAUCCAUCCCCUCCUUCUCGGUGCCCUGCUGCUGCCCACCACGGCAACAGGAGAGGGGCUCCGGAUGAAGCAGCAAAUCCGGUGAGAUCUCCUUUUCGUCCGCUUGCACAUUAGAAAGGCUUGGUUUGUGCCAUCCUCACUGAACCCGGGGUGGGGAAAACCAGGGCCCAGAUGCACUCCGAGGGGUCCAAACCACCGAGAAAGAGUGCAAGAUCCAAGUAUGCAGUUUCCUUAAACUUCAAAGUGUUGGCAGACCUAGAGGUGUUGGCUGGGGGGAAGAAACCAACGGUUCUAGAUUUUAAAACAGACUCUCCGGGGAUUUAGAUUCACCUGCUACCUCUCACCUGACUCUUGAAAGUUUAGGGGAACGCCCUAUCCACUGAACAGCCUUCCAAGCCACACUGUUGUCCUGAUCAGCCCUCCUGCCCCCUUCCUUCUGAUCGCAUAGAGAAUAAUGCAGAAAGGAGAGAAAAAUAACUCUCUCUAGCACAUUUUCAUUACAGCGCAUGGCUAGAGAUGGCCUGGAAUUUCCUGUUCCACAUGCAGAAGAGUUAUGCCGUAUGGGAUACAUGUAUUUGUAAGGGGGGGAGUGGGUUUUUUUCACGUUGUGCCAUAGCCUUUUAGAUUUUUCCAUGGAUAUUUAAAAAGAGAAAAAUCUAAGGGGUCACUGCAAUCUGACAGGUUCAAACCUGUCAGAUACAUCCCAAUUAUCUGUAACUUUCUGAUAACUCUCUAACUUCCGAUAGAUUAAUGUAAAGAGUUUGUUUGUAUUUCAUCUCACUCCGACACUUUCCAUGAGAGCCCAGAUGAUAAAGAUGCAUUCUGAUAGUACUGUAUAUUAAUAUUGUCCAUUAACACUGUAUCAUAGUAAGGACUGUGCUGCUAUUAUUAAGGAUCCAUCAUUAAAUCCCAUUUUCAAAGUAAAUGUGCCCUAGAGUUUAGUUGCAGGUUGAAACCUGCAUGAGAGAAUCAGAUUUCAACAGGGAAGUGAUCUUUUUAAAAUAAACAUUUAAAGAGUCAGGACAUUUAACUAUUUGAUUUUGAAAAGUUCCUGAUUUUAAAGACCGAAAACCAUUUCUUGUGCAUACACUCUGGUCCCUCUUCCAGAAUAAUGAUUUCAAUAUUUAUAGUGAUAGUCACAUUACAGUAACUAUCAGAGCAGCAGUGAGCAACAAGACCACUUGUCAUGCAGCAUAUGGUGCACAAUGACUUAAAUAUGGAUUCAUGUGGAGUUAAGGUUGGGUGCUGAAUGACCUGUUAGAAGGUCUCUGAAUACUGUCUGCACUGCCAUUUCCUGCUCUUCAAUUCCAGUAUUUUUCUUUUUCCCCUUGUAAAAGAAUUUCUCACAGAUAUUUUGUAAUGGUAAAAUGAAAGGUCUGUGGUGCCUACCUUUCAUGUCCAUGAAUGGAAAUGGCAGUUACAUUGGAGCGUUGAGAGGAGAGUUUAGGGUAAUACUAAGUAUUAUUUGUGUAGAUUAGUGAAUACAUUAUUUCAUUUUCACUUAGGGCAUGAUGGCAGCCCACUGGUGUCAAUGGAAAGCCUUCACUGGGCUUUGGCUAAGGCACAUCGUACAUACUGUCUGUCUAAAAGGUGGGGGGAAGCAAGGAAAUGGAAACAUCUGAUAAUUACUUUUCAUACAUGUUGAUGGAAAAUAUGGCUACUCCUGCUCUAGGUCAAGCUCUUGUGCAAUAUUAAAAUGUAUCAGAUCGCUGAGAGGUCGAACAGAACACCUACAUCCCCAAACCUGUUAUCCGUAGGAUGAAGUUGCCCUUUGUGAAGGCUGACACAUUGGUUCCUAGGAUAAUUUCUCCCACGACACUUCUGCCCUAAAUAAACUUUCUUGUCCUUCUGCAAUCUCCCAAAACGAGGAAAGUCAAAAUAUUUGAGCCCCCUUGCCUUAAAUGGUAACCCACUGCCUGAAAACCAACCGGAAUGAUUUAUUAUUCUGUUAGCCAGAGUGUUAGCAGCCACCGCCCAGCUAACUUACCUGGAUCAGUAUUCCUAAUUAAACAUCAGAAAGUCGGGUAACAUAAUUUCACUCCAUGCAGCAUCUCAGCUACCUAGAGCAGAAACAUGGCUUCCAAAUGUGACAGGUCAAAUCUGGAAAAGGUUGUACUGAAAGUCGGAGUUAAGUGUUGUUGGCAGGUUGACCCUUUAGUGAACCAGAAGCCUCUGCCCUCCUGACCUUGUCUUUAAGGUGAAUCUUUGUGGUGAACGGAGGGGAAAUCAGUAGGCGGUGGAUACAAGUGUCAAUGACUAACUUUAAUUAGCACAACCACUGAACUGAUCUAUCCAAACGCUAGUGACGCUAUUGUGAUCCUCUUAAAGAAAAGUAGGCGAACCUUUGAUCCACCUCCAGUUCCGUUUUAUUUCGGUGGGACCUGGCCGCUCACCUAGGCAAUAAUCGGCUGGGGAGCCGACUGGCAAAUGCAGCUCUGGAGCCUCCUCCCGCAGCUUGGAUGAGAAGCAAUCGUCGAUUCUUCAGGACCAAGCUCAAAAAUUACCCUGAACACUAACACUGUAACCGCGUUGUUCAAUAACGUAAUGUGAAUCUAGUAAAAAAAAAAGACUUGAAACUGAUGUUGUUUUUCUAAUAAACAUGAGCAUUUGCAAGUGAA